CGCUUAAAGUGUGCGGAGCAGGUGCCUAGGGUGGAGGAAGAAGUUUGCCCUGGAGUGAGGGUGGCCGAGCCAAGCACUCACCCAUUCAUUGUCCGAGAGCGUCCAUCAUCCUUCUGUCCCGCCCGCGCUCUUCGGGAAGGGCUCCAGGCCGGGCGCCGCCGCUCACGGGGCACGGAGGCCAGAGGAGGGCCGGAGAGCGCCGCUGACCCGCGUGGGCUGGGGCCAGGCUGCAGCGUCCAUGCAGCUGUGUGCCGGGGCGUGGGGUGUGCGCCUGGGCCGCCGAGUCGGGGGCGGCCGCCGCCUGGCUCGGGGCGCGGGCUGGAGUUGGGCGCAGCCGGGCCGGGACCGCAGCGGCGGGGGCGGCGGGGACCAGGGCGCGGCGGGAUCCCCGCGUCUCCUCGAGCGCCUCCUGCCCAGGCACGAUGACUUCGCGCGGAGACACAUCGGCCCCGGGGACAAAGACCGGAGGGAGAUGCUGGAAGCCCUGGGGCUGGCGAGCAUCGAGGAACUGAUUGAGAAGACGGUCCCCGCCAACAUCCGCUUGAAAAGACCUUUGAAGAUGGAAGACCCGGUUUGUGAAAAUGAAAUCCUUGCAACUCUGCAUGCCAUUUCAAGCAAAAACCAGAUCUGGAGAUCGUAUAUUGGCAUGGGCUAUUAUAACUGCUCCGUGCCCCAGACCAUUUUGCGGAACUUACUGGAGAAUUCGGGAUGGAUCACCCAGUACACUCCAUACCAACCAGAGGUGUCUCAGGGGAGGCUGGAGAGUUUACUCAACUACCAGACCAUGGUGUCUGACAUCACAGGCAUGGACAUGGCCAAUGCUUCCCUGCUGGACGAGGCGACUGCUGCUGCUGAGGCAAUGCAACUGUGCCACAGACACAACAAGAGGAAGAAAUUUUUUGUCGACCCUCGUUGUCAUCCACAGACAAUAGCUGUUGUCCAGACCCGAGCCAAAUAUAGGGGAGUACUUGUAGAACUGAAGUUACCCCACGAAAUGGAUUUCAGUGGCAGAGAUGUCAGUGGGGUGCUGUUCCAGUACCCAGACACUGAGGGAAAAGUGGAGGAUUUUACAGAACUUGUAGAAAGAGCCCAUCAGACUGGGAGCCUGACCUGCUGUGCUACUGACCUUUUAGCUUUGUGUAUUUUGAGGCCACCUGGAGACUUUGGGGUGGACAUUGCCUUGGGCAACUCACAGAGAUUUGGAGUACCAUUGGGCUAUGGGGGUCCACAUGCAGCCUUUUUUGCUGUCAGAGAAAGCUUGGUGAGGAUGAUGCCUGGAAGGAUGGUGGGGGUGACAAGGGAUGCCACUGGGAAAGAAGUGUAUCGUCUUGCUCUACAGACCAGAGAGCAACACAUCCGGAGAGACAAAGCCACCAGCAACAUCUGUACCGCUCAGGCCCUUUUGGCAAACAUGGCUUCUAUGUUUGCCAUUUACCAUGGUGCCCACGGGUUGAAGCAUAUUGCUAGAAGGGUUCAUAAUGCCACUUUGAUUUUGUCUGAAGGUCUCAAGCGAGCUGGACACCAACUCCAGCACAACUUGUUCUUUGACACCUUGAAGGUUCAGUGUGGCUGCUCCGUGAAGGAGGUAUUGGACAGAGCAGCUCAGAGACAAAUCAACUUUCGACUCUUUGAGGAUGGCACACUUGGUAUUUCUUUGGAUGAAACAGUCAAUGAGAAGGAUCUAGAUGAUUUAUUAUGGAUUUUUGGCUGUGAGUCAUCCGCAGAACUGGUGGCUGAAAGCAUGGGAGAGGAGUGGAGAGGUAUCCCGGGGUCUGUAUUCAAGAGAACCAGCCCGUUCCUCACGCAUCAGGUGUUCAACAGCUAUCACUCAGAAACCAAUAUUGUCCGGUAUAUGAAGAAACUAGAAAACAAAGACAUCUCCCUUGUUCACAGCAUGAUUCCACUGGGCUCCUGCACCAUGAAGCUCAAUAGCUCCUCUGAACUCACGCCCAUUACUUGGAAAGAAUUUGCCAACAUCCACCCCUUUGUGCCUCUGGACCAAGCCCAGGGAUACCAGCAGCUUUUCCAGGAGCUUGAGAAGGAUUUGUGCGAGCUCACAGGCUAUGACCAAGUUUCUUUCCAGCCUAACAGCGGAGCCCAGGGGGAAUAUGCUGGACUGGCCACUAUCAGAGCAUACUUAGACCAGAAAGGAGAGAGGCACAGAACGGUUUGCCUCAUUCCGAAAUCAGCACAUGGGACAAAUCCAGCAAGUGCCCACAUGGCAGGCAUGGUGAUCCAGCCUGUGGAGGUGGAUAGAUACGGGAACAUUGAUGCUGCUCACCUCAAGGCUAUGGUGGAUAAACACAAGGAGAACCUGGCCGCCAUCAUGAUCACAUACCCUUCUACCAAUGGAGUGUUCGAAGAGAACAUCAGUGAUGUGUGUGCCCUGAUCCACCAACACGGAGGACAGGUCUACCUGGACGGGGCAAAUAUGAACGCUCAGGUGGGAAUCUGCCGUCCUGGAGACUUUGGGUCUGAUGUCUCUCACCUAAAUCUUCAUAAGACCUUCUGCAUUCCCCAUGGAGGAGGUGGCCCUGGCAUGGGGCCCAUUGGAGUGAAGAAGCAUCUCGCCCCAUUUCUGCCCAGUCAUCCCAUCAUUUCCAUAAAGCCAAAUGUGGACACCUGGCCUGUGGGGACUGUCAGCGCAGCCCCAUGGGGCUCCAGUUCUAUCUUGCCCAUUUCGUGGGCUUAUAUUAAGAUGAUGGGAGGAAAGGGCCUUAAAGAGGCCACAGAAAUUGCUAUUUUAAAUGCCAACUACAUGGCCAAGCGAUUAGAAAAACACUACAGAGUCCUUUUUAGGGGUGCAAGAGGGUAUGUGGCUCAUGAAUUUAUUUUGGACACAAGACCCUUCAAAAAGUCUGCCAAUAUUGAGGCUGUGGAUGUUGCCAAGAGGCUCCAGGAUUAUGGAUUUCAUGCCCCUACCAUGUCCUGGCCUGUUUCGGGAACUCUCAUGAUUGAGCCCACGGAGUCAGAAGACAAGGCAGAGCUGGACAGGUUCUGUGAUGCCAUGAUCAGUAUCCGGCAGGAAAUUGCUGACAUAGAGGAAGGUCGCAUUGACCCUAGGGUCAACCCCCUGAAGAUGUCUCCACACUCCUUGACCUGUGUCACAUCCUCCCACUGGGAUCGGCCAUAUUCCAGAGAGGUGGCAGCAUUUCCACUGCCCUUUGUGAAACCAGAGAACAAAUUCUGGCCAACCAUUGCUCGGAUUGAUGACAUUUAUGGAGAUCAGCACCUGGUCUGCACCUGCCCACCCAUGGAGGUCUAUGAGUCCCCAUUUUCCCAACAGAAAAGGGCUUCUUCCUAGUCCUUUCUCCCUAAAUUAAAAAGACUGAUUUGAUGCCUCUUUCUGGAACAUUUGAAAAACAAAAAAUAUUUCCUCUCCUGCCUGUGGCUCAAUAAGGGUUUUAUGCUAUAUAUUUUUGUACUCUUUCAAGGUAAAUGUAAAUACAGUUAGUAUGGUGAGCAUGGACUAACUGUCGGAAGGCUAAUGCUCUUCUGUUCUCUGCUUCCACAUGCUCUGGUUGAUGUUCAUGUUGCCUUGAUUGGGAGCCACUUACUUUUCUGCAUAGAAAGUUUGGGGUGUGGUAGCAAUUUUAACUUUUUAAUGUGAGAAGUCUGCAGAUGUCAAAACCUAUACUGGGAAUUCAAUAGACAUUACUUUUGUUCCAAAUAAGUUCUUGUGGGCUGUGCUCCCUGUGGGAAAUGCCAGGGCAGAUGUUUACAUUUUAUAUACACUGGAGAACUUUUUCCUGACUAAUCUGCCUGGUCUGUCAUAGUGAUUCUGAAUGUCUUCCUUUCAUUGUGUGGAUUUUUUAUUAGUGUUCUAAUAAAAUUGGGUUUGAAGAA